AUGAAGCUCUUCCUGGUAUUGCCUGUCCUCGCCGUUGCCCUGACUAUUGUGGCGAAAGAUCCUGUGGCCACCGAUUCGGCGCAAGGGGCGGCAUUGCAAGCCGUGUUUAAGCCCAAAGCCAACGUCGAUAUUCAGGGGACUAUUUCAUUCAAGGCUGCCAAGAAUGGUACUGUCAUCGUCGAUGUCGACCUUGAAAACUUGCCUGAGGAGGGCGGCCCGUUCCCCUACCACAUCCACCAAAGCCCCGUGCCCUCUGAUGGGAACUGUACUGGGACCAAGGCUCACUUGAACCCUUACAACGGUACUGCUAAGUUCACCGACCCUGCGGACCUGGAGGUGGGUGACUUGGCCGGUCGCCACGGUAACUUGACCCUGGGCACGCAGAAGAUCGAAUACGCCGAUGAAUACAUCUCGUUGAACAGUCUGGACAAGGCCUACUUUGGUGGGUUAUCGGUGGUGAUCCACGACCACUUGAACAACCGGCUUACGUGUGCCAACAUCACCGCUAAGGAUGAGGACAGCCACUCGCUGUCGCUGGCGUCGCCUCUGGCGUCGGUGUCGAGCAAGCCCUCGAACUCUGCCGAGAAAAUGUCCUUCGGCGUCGUAGCAGCGGCGGCGGCAGCAGCAGCUUAUAUUUUGUAA